GCUGUCUUACUAGUAACAGAAGGUCACACGCAUCAUGCUUUUGAACGAAGGAGCUGCAAAGGAAGACAUACGAAGCAGUGAAUAGAGACAUAACUUUAUACAGAUAGCCAAAACAUUAUCAACAAGAACUGCUGCUAAUUUGCAUUCAUAUUCACUCGUUUAAAAUGUGGCAUUUAAUUCAUUGACGAACUGCGGUCAGAAACGGGUAGUAGCUUAGCCUGUCAGCUAGCAUUUCCUAAUAACAUUGUAUUUUAACAUAACUGAAAAUAUGUUUAGGCGGCUUGUUAGACUUCAGGGUCCGCUCGGAAAUAUCCUCUCUCCAGAUAAAGUGUGCCCAAGAAAUCAGCAGCUUCGGUGUGCUGUGAAUUAUUCCUCAGCCUUAGUAGAAAAAGGAAGAUUUUAUAAAGAUGUCAGUAUAUCCCAAAGUGAAGGUGGUCUAUAUGAGAUAAACCUAGACAGAAGGAAAUUAAAAACUCCUGGAGGAAAGCUGUUCACAGCACCAAAUGAAGCCAUGGCCAUCGCUGUGGCAACCGAGUGGGAUGCUCAAAAGGACACACUGAAGUACUACACAAUGCACCUGACUACACUUUGCAACACAGCUCUGGACAAUCCUACCCAUCGUACCAAGGAGCAAAUGAUCAGCGCUGCCCUGAAGUUCCUGGAAACUGAUACUGUCUGUUACAGAGUAGAUGAGCCCCACAGUUUGGUUGAGCUGCAGAAGAAUGAGUGGGACCCUGUGCUGCACUGGAUUGAAAACAGAUAUAAUGUCACUAUUGGAUCCUCGUCCAGUAUUUUGGGUCCUGAGAUUCCAAAGGAAACAAACGACACGUUUCGGCAACACCUGAAGUCUUACAACUUCUGGUCCAUGACAGGGCUUGAGUUUGUGAUCACCCAGCUGAAGUCUGUUGUCCUGGCGAUCGGGGUGAUUGACAGACAUCUGAGUGUGGAACAGGCUGUGCUGCUCUCCAGACUGGAGGAGGAAUACCAGAUAAAAUACUGGGGAAACGUGGAGUGGGCCCAUGACUACGAAAGUUAUGAGCUGAGGGCACGGACUGCUGCUGGAGCUCUUUUUGUUCACCUCUCAUCUGAGAGUUCAACUGUCAAACGCAAACUUAUGCAGAAUUGAAAAGUGUGUGCCCUUAAACUGAGAACACCUCAGUUUAUCCAUGCUUCUUUAUCCAUUCAGACAAACACACAUACACACCCUGCUUGUUCUGUUUAGCAGUGACAGCUGCUGUGUCUGUGAUCUGUUAUAGAGUCAUCUCACUCCAGUGAAAACAUUGGCUGUCUUUCUGCAGUGUUUAUACGUGGCAGCUGCCAAGUGUGCCACCCCUCACCGAGUUUCCAGCCGGUUCUCAGGCGCCCGUGACAUUUUGGGCACUGCGCAUGGUUUCAGGAGGAUAAUGACUAAUGCUGUUGUCUAUUUGGUGGAUGAAUGUUAACUCCAUGUCUGCCUUCUGUCUGCCACAUUUUAAUACUGCAAAGUGCAUAUGCUAUUGUAAUAGGAGCAACAGAUGGAACAUACUGUAUUCCAAUUAUUUUCUGUAAUUUAAAUUCAUUCAUGUUUUAGGUAUUUUGGCUUUUUUGUGGUAACUAAUGAGGUAAAAGAUUAUGUACAUGGAUUAGUAUCAUCUCCACUUCACAGUUCUGUUUCUUCAAAAAGUAGUAUUUAAGCAGAAAAGUAUAUUUUCUGCAUCCUCAUACAGUAGUCAUGUUCACAUACAGUGCUGAAGGUGUUGUUGCUUUCCCGGCUGGAGAUAAAUUCAAAUAAUUACUUGUUUGUCUGUGCCCUUUCCACCUAUUGUAAGCAAAAUGUUAUUAAACUUUAUUGUGAAUUAAAACCCAAACAAUUCAAAA